UCAUCUAAGCUAGCUCAGGUUUGGGACUUGAGAGAUUCAGAUAAGUGAGCUUAAGGUUAGCAUGGAAGGUCAGAACUUUGCUGUUAAUGGAGGAGUGAAGAUGCCCAUUGGUUACAGGUUCCAUCCUACAGAUGAAGAGCUUGUGGUUCAUUACUUGAAGAGAAAGGCUUUGAAUCUUCCUUUACCUGCUUCUGUCAUUCCCGAGCUCGACGUUUUGCAGACCGAUCCUUGGAGCCUGCCCGGCGAUGUGAAAGAAAACAAGUAUUUUUUUAGCAAAAGGCAUGGUAAUGACGGUAACAACAAACGCAAGAGUUGUGGUUACUGGAAGGCCAUAGGCAAAGAGAAACCAAUUUUAGCUUCCGGGACCAAUCGAGUAAUUGGUAUGAGACAAGCUUUGGUUUUCUGUGAAAGGAAGCGUUCAAAUGAGACCAACACUCGGUGGCUGUUGCAUCGGUUUCGCCUUGUUGGCUCUGCUCAAUCACUUUAUCCAAAACAGAUGUUUAGUAGGGAAAGGCUUGGGGAAUGGCUAGUUUUCAAGGCGAUUCAAAGGAAGAGAAAAGGUAAAAAACAUGGUUCUGGCAGAAAUCAGACAAGCUGUAUUGAUUUCACAGUGGAAGACAGCUCUGUCUUUGGUUCUCCUCCUCAGCCCUCAUCUCCAAGCUCGUGUGAAACUACUGAGGUGUGCCCCAAUGGUUUAUUAGAUGAGGAAAUUUCUUCUUUUUCAGAAAGCAGUGAAAAGAAAUACAGUUUCACUGUAUGAGAUGUAUCUUUUAUUGUGCAAGAAGGCAAAACAAAAACCGGAGAAAUUGUGUUGUGGAAGCAAAUCCAGAACUUUUCUUUU